UGGCGGGGGAUGAGGCUGAGCGACUCCUCCUAGAGGUGGUUAUGUGGAGAAGGAGCAAUCCCUUCUCCCUCCUCCUCCUCCCCCCGCUACUAUCCGCGGCCCGGAGAACUGCCGCUUGCCGCCAUUGACAAGCACCGAUAGAACCCAAAGAAAGGCAAAGAGUCCUGCCCGGCACCGGCGCCGCGCGGGCCGAACCUGCGCCCCGGGAGCGGCGCGCCGAGGCCACCGGGCGCCCGGAGCAGGCGGCGCAGCACCAGCAUCGUGUUAGUGCCGGGAGGCGACCGCGUCAGCAAGCUGAGAGGGAAACUGAGGCAAGAUGUCGGGCCGGAGCGGGAAGAAGAAAAUGUCCAAGCUGUCCCGUUCAGCCAGGGCCGGUGUCAUCUUCCCCGUGGGGAGGCUGAUGCGUUACCUGAAGAAAGGGACGUUCAAGUACCGGAUCAGCGUGGGCGCUCCCGUCUACAUGGCAGCCGUCAUCGAGUACCUGGCAGCGGAAAUUCUAGAAUUGGCUGGGAAUGCUGCAAGGGACAACAAGAAGGCCCGGAUAGCCCCAAGACAUAUCCUGCUGGCGGUUGCCAAUGAUGAGGAGCUCAACCAGCUGCUAAAAGGAGUGACCAUCGCCAGUGGAGGUGUCCUGCCCAGAAUUCAUCCUGAACUGCUGGCCAAAAAGCGAGGGACCAAAGGCAAGUCGGAAACUAUCCUCUCCCCACCCCCAGAGAAAAGAGGAAGGAAGGCGGCGUCAGGCAAGAAGGGAGGCAAGAAAUCCAAGGCUGCCAAACCACGGACAUCCAAAAAGUCCAAACCAAAGGACAGCGACAAAGAAGGAACUUCAAAUUCCACCUCUGAAGAUGGGCCAGGGGAUGGAUUCACCAUUCUGUCAUCUAAGAGCCUUGUUCUAGGGCAGAAGCUGUCCCUGACCCAGAGUGACAUCAGCCAUAUUGGCUCCAUGAGAGUGGAGGGCAUUGUGCACCCAACCACAGCCGAAAUCGACCUCAAGGAAGACAUAGGUAAGGCCUUGGAAAAGGCUGGCGGGAAAGAGUUCUUGGAAACUGUAAAGGAGCUCCGCAAAUCCCAAGGCCCUUUGGAAGUCGCUGAAGCCGCAGUCAGCCAAUCCAGCGGACUUGCAGCCAAAUUUGUCAUCCACUGUCACAUCCCUCAGUGGGGCUCCGACAAAUGUGAAGAACAGCUUGAAGAGACCAUCAAAAACUGCCUGUCGGCGGCAGAGGACAAGAAGCUGAAGUCCGUGGCGUUCCCCCCGUUUCCCAGCGGCAGAAACUGCUUCCCCAAACAGACGGCAGCCCAGGUGACCCUCAAAGCCAUCUCGGCCCACUUUGACGACUCGAGCACAUCCUCGCUGAAGAAUGUCUACUUCCUGCUCUUUGACAGCGAGAGCAUUGGCAUCUACGUGCAGGAGAUGGCCAAGCUCGACGCCAAGUAGCCGCGCCGG